AUGGCUCGAGGUGUACACAAUAAGGCACAGCUGGGAACCUACUAUCAGACUGCAACAGGUCCUCGGACUGUCCCAUUAACCGACCCUCAAGGUCACCGUCUUCGAUGGCUGAUAGAUAUUGGGGGUAUCCACGUUUACUCAAGAGACGCUGACUCUGUUAUCUUUGUGCCCAGUUCCCGACUCUGGGUUGAAGAUGAAGCCGACGAGCCAGAUGCUUCGUGGCGAGAAGACCCAGAGGCUUUCGACUGCUUCAAAACUUCUUAUGCUUAUAACAUGAUUGGCCAAGAGCAUCCAAGAAUCGUGCCUGAUGUAGGUCAAGAUGUCUGGACAGGUCUUCCUAUCCUCCAGAAACCGUCGUAUGGCUCUCUUUGGAACUUUAUACAGAACUAUGAGUCUCAGCUUUACACGGCUGGAGCAGAUUCUGUACCUUCCACGUCCCGUAUCAAGCCAGAAUUCCGACCUUUGGCCUACCAAUGGAGCUUGCAACUACUAUCAGCCCUCUCGUUAAUCCACUCUCACGGUAGAGCUUACGGAGAGCUCAUCGAGACAAACUGCUGGAUUAGUGCAGACUCUCUAUCAAUGGCGCUAGCAGGCUUCCUGGGUUCUGACUUUACCGAUCCAAGCAAUGGCUGGAACUUCCCCGGUUCUUUCUUCAGCGGUAUAGAGUUUUCGCCACAAUACCUUCCUCUAUCGCGGGCGGUGAGAGUGCCAACAUCUAAAACCGACAUGUUCAUGUUUGGUAGGUUAUUAUACCAGAUCAUGACAUCUCAACUACCAGGUGAUGGAAUAGGUAGGGAUUGGGGCGAAACCGAACGCUUGAUGGCCGAGCAAGACUGGAUGCCUGAUCUUGAAGAUGAAUUUAUGGGAAGUAUUGUUCAUAAAUGCUGGAGGUUUGAGUAUGAGGACAUUGAAGAGUUGCAGAGUGAGGUUCAGGUAUUUGUUGAAGCACGUGGGUGGUCUAUUAGAGGGGAUGAACUUGAGGGUUUCGACGCCCACAGUAUUCAUCGCCAACUUGAGGCAAAUUUUGUUCCGGAAGAAGAGGAAUAGGCUUUAAUUGGUCAUUACUACUAGGAGCUUUCUAUAG